GUUCGUCGUGCUCUCUCGUUCUCUUUUACCUUUCUCCUAAAAUUACAGGUUCUUUGUGUUUCUGAUUCUGGUAGCCAUGGCUUCUGCGGAGAUCGAGUACCGUUGCUUCGUCGGAGGGCUCGCGUGGGCCACCGACAAUGAGGCGCUGGAGAGGGCCUUUUCUCAGUAUGGUGAGAUCAUCGAAUCGAAGAUCAUCAACGACCGUGAGACUGGGAGGUCCAGGGGCUUCGGCUUCGUCACCUUCGGCAACGAGCAGGCUAUGAGGGAUGCGAUCGAAGCCAUGAACGGCCAGAACCUCGACGGCCGCAACAUCACCGUCAAUGAGGCUCAGUCUCGCGGAUCUGGGGGUGGCGCUGGCGGAGGAGGCUACAGCCGCGGAGGCGGCGGUGGUGGAUACGGAGGCGGCGGCGGGUACGGAGGUGGAGGUCGUCGUGAAGGCGGCGGAGGCGGCUACAGCCGUGGAGGUGGAGGUGGCGGUGGAUAUGGAGGUGGCGGUGGUGGAUAUGGCGGUGGUCGUCGUGAGGGUGGAUAUGGAGGUGGUGAGGGUGGCUAUUCCAGGGGUGGCGGUGGAGCUGAGGGCGGCAGCUGGAGGAGUUAAAUUAGGGGUAAGAUAGGGUAUUUGGGGCUCUGGAAUGUGUGUUGUCUCUGGUUAUGUGUUAGGGUUAGGGUUUGGAUCAGGUUGUUGGUUUGUCUGUCUGCAAUGGUGGUGGUGUCGGUGUCUCUUUUUGUUGUCGAUAAUUUUGAUCGAUGAAGUGGUUCUAUGUUACUUUCCGAUGUAUUUGCGGUUCCCAAAAGAAAAAAAAAAUGGUGUUUGAGAAAUGAAGUAUCUCUGUUUUACUUUAA